GAAAUUAAUCUCUCUCAAAACCGAAAUCUUUUUUUUCUCAAAAUAAAAAAAAAUAAAAAAAACAGCUGGAGAAGAGUUUUGCAAUGGGUAGUGUUGGUGAGGAAAAUAAGCCAAAUGAGAGCAGCAGGUCAUUAUCAAUUGUGAUGUACCCAUGGUUUGCCAUGGGACACCUGACUCCAUUUCUUCACAUGGCCAACAAGCUCGCUGAGAGAGGCCACCGGAUUUCCUUCUUCCAUCCCAAAAACUCAAUCACAAAGAUUCAACACUUCAAUCUUCAUCCUGAUCUUAUCAGCUUCAUCCCAAUUGAUGUCCCUCAGGUUGAAGGCCUCCCGCCCGGCGCUGAAACCGCUGCUGAUGUUCCUAUCCAAUCGCAAGCUCUAUUACGUCUCGCCAUGGACAGGACACAACCCGCAAUUCACUCUCUCCUUAAACAAAUCAAACCCGAUUUCGUUUUCUUUGAUUUCACUCACUGGUUACCCAAAUUGGCUCGCCAACUGGGGAUUAAGUCCGUUCACUUUGUCAUCAUUAGUCCGGCAACUGUAGCCUAUACUUUUCGCAAGGGACAAGCAGAUGCUGAUUUCAUGAAGCCUCCAGAAGGUUUUCCUUCUUCGUCUUCUAUCAAGGUCCUAACUCAUGAAGCUCGCGUAUUUACGAUGGGAGGAAAAAAUAAGGAAAUUGGAAGCGGGUUAUCUUUUCGCGAGCGUUUAAUGAUAUCCACAGAGGAAUGCGAUGCAAUAAGUUUCAAGACUUGUAGAGAAAUGGAAGGUCAGUAUUGUGAUUAUCUGGAAAAGAGGUUCCAGAAGCCAGUGAUUCUCGCAGGGCCAGUGGUUCCUGUUCAGCCGACUUCAGCGCUGGAGGGAAGUUGGGCAGAGUGGCUGAGUAACUUCAAGGAUAAAACCGUGAUAUAUUGUGUACUUGGAAGUGAAGUCAGGCUUCCAAAGGAUCAGUUUCAAGAACUGAUUCUGGGGCUUGAAAUGACAGGGCUUCCGUUUUUCGCCGCCCUGAAACCUCCCGUUGGGUUUGAAACAAUCGAAACGUCACUUCCAGAUGGUUUUGAAGAAAGGAAUAAGGGAAAGGGAAUCGUGCAUGAUGGUUGGGUUCAGCAGCUGCUGAUUCUGGCCCAUCCGGCGGUCGGGUGUUUUGUUACCCAUUGCGGGUCUGGAUCGCUGUCGGAAGCCUUGGUGAGUGACAGUCAAAUCGUGUUGUUGCCACAACGUGGAGAUCAGUUCAUCAAUGCUCGGGUGAUGAGUGGGGAUCUUAAGGUCGGAGUGGAAGUGAAGAAAGGAGAUGAAGAUGGAUUGUUUACUAAGGAUGGUGUUUGUGAAGCCAUUAAAUUGGUGAUGGAUGAAAACAGUGAGGUUGGGAAGGAAGUGAGGGCUAAUCAUGCUAAAUGGAAGGAGUUCUUACUCGGAGAAGGGCUUGAAAGUUCUUACACUGAUGAGUUCAUCCAUAAGCUUCAUGGCAUCUUAAGUUAGUUGUUCUCUAGUUUGUUGUUAAGUGUUUUUCAUUGAUGGGUGAAGCACUUAAAUUAUGUCUGGUUAUUACCGUCAGGUUUGCGCUUUUGUGUUUCUGGCCGUGCGGCUAUAUUUCCACAAUGUGUGUACUGUUUUUUUCCCAGCUUUACGAUCUGUAAUAAUAUGUUUGACCGUGAUUUGAUUGCGAUAUAAUUGGUGUUUCUUAGUGUUUCUUUCAUUACAUAUUUUGAUUGCGAUACACGUUAUUUGGAUGUUGUACCAAUUAAUUGUAUGAUCAAAGACAGAUGUUGUGAAG